AUGGUUCCUCCAGUCUGGACUCUGCUGCUGCUGGUGGGAGCUGCCCAUCUCAGGAGAGAGAAGCCUCCGGACAAGAAGCUGGCUGUUCGCAGCUCUAGGGACAACUACGUCCUCACCCAGUGUGAUUUUGAGGAUGAUGCCAAACCCCUCUGUGACUGGUCCCAAGUGUCCGCAGAUGAUGGAGACUGGGUUCGAGCCAGCGGGCCCUCUCCCACCGGCACCACCGGGCCUCCCGGGGGGUACCCCAAUGGAGAGGGCAGCUAUCUGCAUAUGGAAUCCAACAACUUCCACCGUGGGGGCGUGGCCCGCCUGCGCAGCCCCAACCUAUGGGAACAAGGCCCCCUCUGCGUGAACUUCGCCUACCACAUGUUUGGGCUGUCUUGGGGCGCCCAGCUCAGGCUGCUGCUGCUCUCGGGUGAAGAGGGCCGCCGCCCGCACGUGCUCUGGAAACACCGGAACACCCAGAGACCCUCCUGGAUGCCCACCACCGUCACCGUGCCCGCAGGGUUCACCCUGCCCACCCGACUGAUGUUUGAGGGAACACGGGGUAGCACUGCCUACCUGGACAUUGCCCUGGAUGCCCUCUCUAUUCGCCGGGGCUCCUGCAAUCGCGUCUGUAUGAUGCAAACAUGCAGCUUUGACAUUCCAAAUGACCUCUGUGACUGGACCUGGAUCCCAACUGCCUCCGGGGCCAAGUGGACUCAGAAGAAAGGGUCGUCGGGAAAGCCAGGCGUGGGGCCUGAUGGCGACUUCUCUAGCCCUGGUAGUGAGUAGCGGGCAUGCUUCUGCCCCUUGUCUUUCUGGGCACCACGCACCCUACUGUAAUUGCCCUGGGACGGCCUGGCAUGAACACCUACAACUUCAAGCCUCUUAUCAACUCAAGUUUCACGUAGGAAGCUGAUUUCAAGAACCCAGCCAGCCUCCCCCACCACUGCCCUACAAGCUCUACCUGGCACACCCAAUACAGCCAGCUCCUC